UACUUAUUCGUCUGAUAUUUUAUAGCAAACAAAUAGUUAUAAAUCUAUUUUUAUUAUUACAAAUCUAAUGUUUUCUUGCAUUUUAAUAAUUUUCACUUAGCAAGAUCAUCUAAUACGCCAGAGAAACUGGAGUGAGGACAAUUAUGGAUUCAGAUUUGUCCGGUGCGGAUUUCUGUCGCUUCUGUCGAUCGGAAGCUUCUUCGGAUCGCCCUUUAUUCCAUCCCUGCAUUUGCACCGGCUCUAUAAAAUGGAUUCAUCAAGAGUGUCUAGUACAAUGGAUGCGGUAUUCGCGAAAAGAGAUUUGCGAGUUGUGUGGUCAUCGAUUUUCCUUCAUGCCGAUUUAUUCGCCCGAUAUGCCUCGACGACUACCGAUACGGGAUGUGAUGGGUGGUUUGGUCACCUCAGUGGCGUCGGCUGUGAAAGACUGGCUGCACUAUACUCUGGUAGCCCUCGCCUGGCUCGGCAUCGUUCCACUAACCGCUUGUAGAACAUACCGAUGCCUAUUUUCGGCUUCUCUGGAUCCAGUUAUAUCACUGCCAUUUGAUAUAGUAUCGGCUGAGAAUCUUGCUAAAGAUGUUUUCUCGGGUUGCUUUGUUGUAACAUGUACUUUAUUUUCGUUUAUCGGUCUCGUAUGGCUCCGAGAGCAGAUAAUGCAUGGUGGGGGUCCAGACUGGAUGGAAAGAGAAAACCUACCAGCUCCUCCUCCAGAAGAAAUCCCAUUGCCUGAAAAUAAUAAUGACCGGAUUAAUGAGGUUCCCGGAGAAGAAGGAGCAGAGAGAGAAGAAGGCAUUGGUGAUGCUGGAGAAGAUGCUCUAGUGGGAGAUGAGGCUAAUUGGAAUCCUAUGGACUGGGACAGAGCAGCAGCUGAGGAGCUAACCUGGGCUCGGCUUCUUGGUUUGGAUGGCUCAAUGGUGUUUUUGGAACAUGUCUUUUGGGUUGUAUCCCUUAAUACAUUGUUUAUUCUGGUGUUUGCAUUCUGCCCGUACCACAUUGGAAAAUUGGGGGCUGCUCUAGCACGCUUGACUGCAGAGGGUCCCUUUGCUGGACCUCUGACUGCUUUGGCUGGGUAUGUGUUGGUGGGAGCAAUCCUAGCUGUGUUACAUGGCAUAGCAUCCUUGUUACGUCUCAGAAGUGCAAAGAAGGCUCUAGGUUUCUGCUAUGUUGUUGUGAAGGUGGCCCUCCUGUCUGUUGUAGAGAUUGGUGUAAUCCCACUUGUCUGUGGUUGGUGGUUGGAUCUAUGCUCCCUCUCAAUGUUUGAUGCGACCUUAAAGGACAGAGAGUCAAGUCUCCAAGCAGCACCUUGGACAUUGAUGUUUAUACAUUGGCUUGUUGGCAUGGUCUAUGUAUACUACUUUGCAUCAUUCAUCUUGCUACUAAGAGAGGUGCUCCGGCCUGGUGUGCUUUGGUUCUUAAAGAAUUUGAAUGAUCCUGACUUCAGUCCUGUGCAGGAAAUGAUACAUCUUUCUGUAUGGUCGCACAUUAGGCGUCUUAUUGUUUCGGCCAUGAUAUUCGGUACAGCUGUACUCUUUAUGCUGUGGCUACCGAUAAGGGUCAUCAAAUAUGUGUUACCCGGAUUUCUUCCUUACGCCGUUGCUGUGCACACUGAAGCACCCGUGAAUGAAUUGAGCUUGGAAUUAUUAUUGCUGCAGGUGAUUCUGCCGGCUCUAUUGGAGCAGUCUCACACUCGCACGUGGCUGAAGGCGGGUCUGCGUGCUUGGUGCGCGUGCGCCGCUGCCCUGCUCGGACUGCGAUCCUACCUGCUGGGCGAGGCCGCUAGAGAUGAGCCCAACCCGCCCCCACAUCCUCCGCAUCAGCUCGGCGCGGCGCAUCAGGCUCUGGUAUGGCGUGACGGUCCUGCGGGCUUCGAGCCGUACGUCCGCGUGUCGUGGUUCCCGCUGCGGCUGGUCGGCCUGCUCGUCCUCGUCUCCAUAUCACUCAUCAUGGCCAGCGCUCUCACUUUGGUUAUUCCGGUGGCUAUUGGUAGGAAAGUGAUGUCCCUGUGGCUACCAAAGGGAGCGGAAGGUGUUCACGAGCUAUACACGGCGGCUUGCGUCGUUCAAAUGUAUCAAGGCAUGUACGUGUGCUGGGCGGUGGGACGCGGGGGUGCGCUGGCUGCGGGCUGGGCGCGCGGCGGCCGCGCUGCGCUGCUCGCUCGGGCCGCGCUGUGGGCACGACGCGCGGCACGAGCUACGCUCGCGGCACUCGCUCUGCUCGGACUAGUGCCAUUGAUGUUUGGAUUACUGCUGGAAUUGGUGUUGGUGAUACCUCUGCGCGUACCGCUGGAGCAAUCUCCGGUGCUGUUCGUGUGGCAGGACUGGGCGCUGGGCGUGCUCUACACAAAGAUCGUGUGUGCGCUUACUAUGAUGGGUCCCGACUGGACAAUGCGGCGUGCUAUCGAGAAAGCAUAUAGAGAUGGCAUUAGGGAGAUGGAUUUGAAGUUUAUACUUCGUGACGUGGCUGCUCCGCUGGUGCGGUGGCUGGGUCUGGCGCUGGCGGUGCCGUACGCGUUGGCACACAGCGCCGCCCCGCUGCUGGUGAGCGCGCCCGUGCAGCGCAACCUGCUCGCAAGACGUAUCUACCCAGCGCUACUGUUGCUCGUUGUCCUCGGAGCACUCGCUGUAUUCCAGAUCCGGCAGUUCAGGAAAUUGUACGAGCACAUUAAGAACGACAAAUAUCUGGUGGGUCAGCGCCUCGUCAACUACGACCAUCGGCGUCACAAGCAACAGCGCAGCUCCGUCGCCGCUACCAACUGAGACCUCUAGAGACCGAUCGACCCAGCAUGAAACCACCCGAGACUGAGCCUAGACAAAUGUUAUACAUAGUUAUGUUUAACCCACUAUCUGUACAAGUUAAAACACCCUUUAUAUCAUAAAUACCACUUGUAUAUAAGCCAGAUACAAGUUGUAUACACCUGAUAUUACUCGAAGAGACAUCUAUAUACAAUAUACGAACAAGAUUCUGUUAGCGGAACACUAUUUAAAGUGUAUUAUGAUAAAAUACCCAUGUAUAUCAAAUGUAUCUUAUUUGUAUCUUGUAUACAAGUGAUAUACAUUAUAUACACUUGACAUCACCGUAUCAAAUAAAAUACUCUGAAAAAAUAAUAUAUGUAUCUACAAGUUAUGACGGAACACUUUUUACCCAAAUGCAAGUAAAAUAUGUAAUAACUACAUCAAAUAUUAUUAUUCGAGAUAUAAACGAUACAAAAAUCUUAAAAAAAGACGUUUUGUAUAACGUUUUUAUAAACUCGGGAUAAGCUUAAUGUAUCGAUGUCAAAUCAUUGUGUCUAGAUAUUACUGCUCUUAGAAAAUUUUGCUUUGAAAUUUAAUAAAUUUUUUAAUCUAAAAUACGCGGGAGAAAGUGGGAAAAAGCUUAAUGUCAAUCCAACAUUUAGCAAAGAAUAACAUUUUGGGAUUGUAUAUAAUUAUCUUUGGUGUGAAGAUAAAAUAUGGCGGCAUAGACUAUGAAUUAGGUAUUAAAUGCAAAUGCAUUUUUAACAUUUAAUAUACUUGGUGUAUUAAAGAAAAUAAGUCCCGAUCAGUGAAAUCUACCAAAUAUUUGAGAUUAUUAGAGAAACUAAAUAUUGCUAAUUUAUAUUAAAUAUGAAUCCGCCUCAUCUUUGCUUCAGUAAAAAAUUCCAUUAUUGAAAGAAUAGUUAAAGGCAGUUUUGGAGUUUUUGAGGUUAUCUGGAAUGAAGAAACCAUUUUUUUAUAUUUAUAAAUAAUUACAAUAGAUAGACAUCAGACAGUAAGAUAAAACUAGCGUGAAAAAAGACAUUUUUUUUAGUUAAAAAAUUUCAA